ACUCAUUUGCUUGCAGAUUCUACGCGGGAGCAGGUACGCGUUCCAAAUGUAAUCGCGCUGGUUGGACUGCCAGCAAGGGGCAAAACCAUUCAAUGUGGGCGAAUAUCGCCGAAAGGCAUGUAACACGGAAGACUGCGAAUCGCAGUUUUUCAGUCCCUUCAACAAGACAGGCAGCAAGAUCAGGGAGUAUGUUUUGCUGUUUAUAAUA